GGAUUUUCGAACUUGGACACUCGGCAACCGGCACUUCUGGGCUGACAUUCCCUCUGGCGGACUAUCAAAUUAACCCCGCCUCGACUAAAACACCAGUUCGUGCUGAUGCCAUUGACUCCGAGCCGGCCAACGCCAUGGCCCGGAGAUGGAAGCACUCGGUGAGAUUAACCCACGCCUGGCUUGCAGUCACAUGAAGGAGCUGCAAUACGCUGCAUCGCAUCUAGAUCUGCGCGGUGCUGCUCAGCAUCUUGAGAAAGCAUGCUCCGGAGAUUAUCGUCCUGGCCGGUAACCCCGCAUUUUGGUGAGAUAUCGGCCCGUCAUGACGUGAGAAUUCCCACUGCUCUGACAUGGAGUUCUGAAAAUGCGGCAGUUUUCCGAGAUGUGACGAGAAGACCCUGGUUUGGAUUGCCGUCACUUACACCACACAGUGAUUUGUCGAUCUCCCGGUUACGGUCAGCAUGGGACCCCACCAAGGUGUCGCUAAACCGGGGCGCUAGAAUGGUGCGGCCUCGGCGGGCUUGCAUUAUCGAGGGACAAGGAUUACCAUGCCCGCGGCAGUGCUCUUGUUAUCUUGAAUUGUUAAUGCAGGUGCCGAGUCUGCGAUCGACGCCGUUUCCGCCUCAUGUCAUCCAAGACAGCAGUCAUUGGAUGGUCAACAAAUGGGCAACGUGGAAGUCAACGGUGGCUUCCAGAUGCGACCCCCAGCUGGCCCCGGAUUAGGUUGACUCGGACUUGACACAUCAAAUGCGCGUUCCUGGUACAAUAGACAUGCCCGAUACACUGCCGGUCCGAACAACCUGCCGAAUACCGCC